GCUUCCAACGUUACGCUACGCCGUGCGGUUGAAUAUAAAUUAAUUCCAAUUAUGAGUUUGGGCAUUUGGUUGCUGACUGCGCUGCUCGCAGUGCUGGGUUAUAUAUUUUUGCGUUUGCGUCGCAAUUUGCACUACUGGCAAGAUCAUGGCAUUCCAUGUGAGCAGCCGCAUCCGCUUAUGGGCAACUUGGCGGGCGUGCGCACCAAGCGCUCGUUUCCAGAGAUAUGGCUGAGUUAUUAUGAUAAAUUUCGUGGUACGGGACCCUUUGCGGGCUUCUAUUGGUUUCAACGACCGGCGGUUUUUAUACUGGAGCCCUCGCUGGUGAAGCAUAUACUGAUAAAGGAGUUUAACAAGUUUACGGAUCGUGGCUUCUUUAGCAAUCCAGACGAUGAUCCGUUGUCCGGUCAGCUGUUUCUUUUGGACGGCCACAGAUGGAAAAAUAUGCGGCAUAAGUUGUCACCUACGUUUACUUCGGGUAAAAUGAAGUACAUGUUUCCCACUGUGGUGAAAGUGGCGCAUGAAUUUAUCGAUGUGUUUGGCAAAACGCUCGACGAGGGCUGCAACAUUGAAGUAAGAGAGCUGCUGGCCAGAUUCACCACCGAUGUUAUAGGCACCUGCGCCUUUGGCAUUGAGUGCAGCAGUCUCAAAGAUCCUGAGGCAGAGUUUCGUGUUAUGGGCAAAAGAUCUUUGACAGAUUUGCGUCAUGGCACGCUGGGCAUUAUGUUAUUAAAUAGUUUUCCCAAACUUAUGCAACGUCUGCAUGCGAAAAUGACCCCAGAGCAUAUCGAAAAGUUCUUUAUGCGCAUUGUGCGCGAAACUGUAAAUUAUCGUGAGCAGCACAAAAUAAGGCGCAAUGAUUUUAUGGAUCAGCUAAUAGAUCUAAAGAAUAAUGGUUUGCUGAAAUCGGAAACUGGCGAAAGCAUGAACCUGACUAUAGAAGAAAUUGCUGCGCAGGCUUUUGUAUUUUUUAGCGCAGGCUUUGAAACUUCCUCGACCACAAUGGGCUUUGCGCUUUACGAGCUGGCGCAACAGCCCGAAAUUCAGCAGCGUCUAAGAAAUGAAUGCAAUGAGAUGCUGGCCAAAUACAAUGGCGAGUUGACCUAUGAAUGCAUCAAGGAUAUGAGCUACUUGGAUCAGGUUAUUUCAGAAACGCUACGCCUAUGGACUGUGCUGCCCGUGCUGAAUCGCCUUUGCCUGGAGGACUUUGCAGUGCCUGGUUAUCCCAACUAUGUUAUAAAGAAGGGCAUGCCUAUUCUUAUACCAGCGGGCGCUAUGCAUCGCGAUGAGCGUUUGUAUCCGCAGCCGCAGCGUUUCAAUCCGGAUAAUUUUACGCCGGAGCGCGUCAAGGCACGUGACUCGGUGGAAUGGCUGCCAUUUGGCGAUGGCCCGCGCAACUGCAUUGGCCUGCGUUUUGGCCAAAUGCAAGCUCGCAUUGGCUUGGCCAUGCUUAUCAAGCAUUUCAAGUUUUCCGUCUGCGAUCAAACACCCAUACCCAUCAAAUAUCAUAAGGAAAGCUUUUUGAUAGCCGCUGAAUCAGGCAUUUUCUUGAAAGUGGAGCGUGUCUAAUAGACAAAGACAACAACAUUUUUUAUAUAAAUAUAUUGGUGUGCAAUUAUAACUUGUACUUUUGGCUUAUAACUUAUUGUUUAUAUAUUAACUCGUUUUGAAAUAAACAAAGUUCAGCAGCGUUGGGCAAUUAUAAUUAAAUA